AUGAGUUCAGAGAAGAAACCUGGCAUUGAUGCCAAGACAGGAAGUGCCAGGACCCCAAUUGAAAAGAAAGCCACUCCAAAGGUUGAUACUGGAUCUAAGAGCACAACUCCUGCUGCUGCGGCAAGGUCUCCAACUAAAACGACUACCACUCCUCGAACCCCAGCCACACCCAAGUCAGCCGAGGUCAGGUCGAAGAUUGGCUCUAUGGAGAACACCACCCACACACCUGGUGGCGGACAUGUGAAAAUUGCCAGCAAGAAGCCAGAUUUCUCCAAUGUGACCAGCAAAGUUGGAUCAAAAGAUAAAAUUGACCACAAGCCAGGUGGCGGCAACAUCAGGAUUGAAACCAAGAAAGUCAAGGUUGAAGCCAAAUCCAAAGUUGGUUCAUUAAACAACGCCACCCACAAGCCAGGAGGGGGAGAUAAGAAGAUUGAAAGCAAGAAACUUGACUGGAAAGUUGAAUCUAAAAUUGGUUCUUUAGAGAAUGCACAGCAUGUGGCAGCUGGUGGGGACAAGAAGAUUGAGACCAAGACGCUAGAUUGGAAGGUUGAAUCUAAAGUUGGAUCUUUAGACAAUGCUCAGCAUAAGGCAGGUGGAGGGGAGAAGAAGAUUGAGACACAAAAGCUUGACUGGAAAGUCGAUUCAAGAGUAGGCUCCCUUGAUAAUGCCACUCAUAAGGCAGGUGGUGGGGACAAGAAGUGGCAAGCUGGCUCAAAGAUUGGCUCCUUAGAAAAUGCCAAGCACACCCCAGGUGGGGGUUCUAAGAAGGUAAAUUG